GGCUAGAAAAGCUACAGAGGUGGGAAGGAGGUCUUUGGAAGGGAGGCUGAGUCACCCUGGGAGCCCCUGGCAGUCACUUGGUGGCUCUUUUGCUGGUAGGUGCCUCAUGAAGAGGGGCCCAAGGUUUCAAAACUCUGCGGGUUUCUCAAUUGUCCCAGAGCUCCUCCCACACAGUCCCAGACUGGUGGUUCCUUCACUGACCAGCUCUGUUUCCAUAAAUGGGAUGGUUGGAGGCCGGGGGAGUACAGUGGGAUAGGUAUAAAGAAAGUGUGAGGCGUAGGCAGCUGGGCGCAGGCACAGGAAGAGGCCACAGCUGCCCCCUCUCUGCUGCAGCCACCAUGGGUCUGGGGGUGGCUCGCACAGGUUUGGCAGUCCUGGUGCUGCUCCAGAGCUGCGCAGCAUACAAGCUGGUCUGCUACUACACCAACUGGGCCCAGUACCGGGAGGGCGACGGGAGCUGCUUCCCAGACGCCGUGGACCCCUUUCUGUGCACCCACAUCAUCUACAGCUUUGCCAACAUAAGCGACAACGAGAUUGACACCUGGGAGUGGAAUGACGAGACGCUGUACGGCACGCUCAACACCCUGAAGAGGAGGAACCCCAAUCUGAAGACCCUACUGUCUGUCGGGGGAUGGAACUUCGGUUCUCACAGAUUUUCAAAACUGGCCGCCAAUGCCCAGACGCGCAGGACGUUCGUCAAGUCAGUGCCACCCUUUCUACGGGCCCACGGCUUUGACGGGCUGGACCUGGCCUGGCUGUACCCCGGAAGGAGGGACAAGCAGCAUCUCACCAGUCUGGUCAAGGAGAUGAAGGCUGAGUUUACAAAGGAAGCCCAGGAGGGGACAGAGCGGCUCCUGCUCAGCGCAGCUGUGUCUGCUGGGAAGGUUGUCCUCGACAGAGGCUAUGACAUCGCCCAGCUGGCCCGUCACCUGGAUUUCAUCAACCUCAUGACGUACGACCUCCACGGAGCCUGGCACCAAACCACUGGCCAUCACAGCCCCCUGUUCCGAGGCCAGAGACAGGCACGUGCUUACAGGUUCAACAACGUGGACUAUGCCGUGGGCUACAUGCUGCAGCUGGGGGCCCCGGCCAAGAAGCUGGUGAUGGGGAUCCCCACCUUUGGGAGGACCUUUACCCUCGCCUCUUCCGAGACGGGUGUGGGAGCCCCCACCUCAGGGCCGGGAAUUGCAGGCCAAUUCACCAAGGAGGAAGGGAUCCUGGCCUAUUAUGAGAUCUGUACCUUCCUUCGUGGAGCCACGGUCCACAGACUCCUUGACCAGCAGGUUCCCUAUGCCACCAAGGGCAACCAGUGGGUGGGGUACAGUGACCCGGAGAGCGUCAAAACCAAGGUGCAGUACCUGCGGAACCGGCAGCUGGCAGGUGCCAUGGUGUGGGCCCUGGACUUGGACGACUUCCGGGGCAUCUUCUGUGGUCAGAACCUGCCCUUCCCUCUCACGAGUGCCAUCAAGGACGCACUCACUGCAGCUUAGCCUCUGUCCUCCUGCCAGGGAGCCGGGUCGCCCCCCCUACUGAACCUGUCACGCUCCCUGGGACCCCCGUGCAGAGGGCCGCAGGUCUGAGGGCUGAACUUCCCUGUGGUGCAGGGCUGGGAGCAGAGGCCUGGAGGCAGCACGCACCGUUGAGGAAUGUAAUGCUCGCUGGCCCCAUGCCCAGCACAAGGGGGUUCCCUCCAGCUCCCUGCCCCAGGCCUCUGUCUCAAAGGGUAUCAUUUGUCAACCUCCAGCAACAAGGAGCCUAAUGCCACGUCUGCAGAGCCCCACUUGAACCCCCAGGAGCACAGCUGGGCCCCGCCCACCCGCCAGCUGUUCAAUAAAGCGCCAGAGCUUCCUAGCAUUGAUA